ACAACAACAAAAGUGAGCAAACAAUCUUCAAUUUGGUAAUUUCGGGAUCCGUGCAACUGUGUCACCAAGCAUUCCAAUCACCCAGUCUACCCUUUUUUUCUUACUGUGAUCUACAUCCGGGUGUUGAAUUGAUUGAUUGACUUGCAUGUCGGUGGGCAGCCGUCACUCUCUUCAAACAACCCAAAACUGAAACCUGCAGCUUGACAAACUGUUUACGAAGAACGCCAAACUACGCCAACUACCACACCAAAACCAAAAAAAAAGUCCAAAAGACCAACACCUACCGAUAGGCACACCACAGUCAUCAUGACGACCAGGUAUAGAGUAGAAUAUGCCCUCAAGACUCACCGAAGAGAUCAAUUCAUAGAAUGGAUCAAGGGUCUACUAGCUGUCCCUUUUGUGCUGUACUCGCAGCCGACUGGGGUCUUUGAGCCCAGCCAUGGCUCAGGGGUGAGCAAGAUGUCCGAGGAAGCUCAUAGGCGGUAUGCCGAGAUCAUGAGGGAUGUCGAAACAAUGAUUGAUGACCACAGCAACAUAGUCUUUCACCAAAAUGACGAGAAUCCCUUUCCUUCAAAGCUCAAGCUGCUCGUGCCCAGCAUUGGGCCGUUCUUUACGCGAUUGCCCUUGGAAGCAGCUUUCAAAUUUCAGGAUAGAAAGCGGUACAUCUCUUCGCGGCGAUUCGUCUCGCCGUCUUUCAACGAUGUCCGCCUCAUCCUCAACUCGGCCCAGAUAAUGGCUGUUACCACCUAUGGGACAUUGCAGCUCGCUACCUUCGAUGGUGAUGUGACUCUGUAUGACGACGGGAAGAGUCUAGAGCCAGAAAGCCCUGUGAUACCUCGGAUGAUGGAUCUACUUCACAAAAAUGUCAAGAUUGGUAUCGUCACGGCGGCUGGCUACACGACAGCUGACCGGUAUUACGCUCGUCUGCACGGACUUCUCGACACCAUGGCCUCCAGUUCGACACUGACGGACCAGCAAAAGCAAAACCUGGUCGUCAUGGGCGGCGAGGCCAACUACCUCUUUCAGUUUGACUCUUCAGCACCGCACCUCCUGUCAGCAGUGCCGCGUGAGCGCUGGCUGACCCCGGAGAUGGCCUCAUGGAACGAAGGUGACAUCAAUAACAUGCUCGACGUGGCCGAGAGCGCCCUCAACGAUUGCGUCAAGAACCUCAACCUGCCCGCCACUGUCAUGCGCAAGGACCGCGCCGUGGGCAUAAUCCAGCGCGACCCGGACGUCCGCAUCGCGCGCGAGAGCCUCGAGGAGACGGUCCUGGUCGUGCAAAAGAUACUCGAGCUCAGCACCGCGGGUAGGGCGGGUCGGGUGCCGUUCUGCGCCUUCAACGGCGGAAACGACGUCUUUGUCGACAUUGGCGACAAGUCCUGGGGUGUCACGGUCUGCCAACAGUGGUUUGCGGGCGGGAGCGCCGACAAGUUCAUCCGCGGCGAGAACACGCUGCACGUGGGUGAUCAGUUCCUCAGCGCGGGCGCCAACGACUUUCGGGCGAGGAGCGUCGGCACCACGGCGUGGAUUGCCAGCCCGGCAGAGACAGUUGAGUUGUUGGACGAGCUGGCUGAGCUAAUGGGGAAGAAGCUGUCAUAGUCCGAUAUUUUAUUUUAUUUUAUUCUAUUUUGUUCGUCUUUGUGUAACUUGUCUGAUAUGUUUUAAGUUGCAUUCAAUUGGAG